CUCCUUCCCCAGCAGAUACACCAGGUACAUGGAAGCAGAAAACCAUACAGAAUUAUCAGAAUUUCUCCUCCUGGGACUCUCAGGUGCUCUUGAACUGCAGCCCGUCCUCUUUGGGCUGUUCCCGUCCAUGUACCUGGUCACGAUGCUGGGGAACCUGCUCAUCAUCCUGGCCGUCAGCUCUGACUCCCACCUCCACACCCCCAUGUACUUCUUCCUCUCCAACCUGUCCUUUGUUGACAUCUGUUUCAUCUCCACCACAGUCCCCAAGAUGCUGAUGAACAUCCAGGCAUGGAGCAAAGACAUCUCCUACGUGGGGUGCCUCACUCAGGUGUAUUUUUUAAUGAUGUUUGCUGGAAUGGAUAAUUUCCCACUGACCGUGAUGGCCUAUGACCGGUUUGUGGCCAUCUGCCACCCCCUGUACUACAUGAUCAUCAUGAACCCCCGCCUCUGUGGCCUCCUGGUUCUGGCAUCUUGGUUCAUCACUUUCUUGGUCUCCCUGAUUCAUAUUCUACUGAUGAAGAGGUUGGCCUUCUCCACGGGCACUGAGAUUCCACAUUUCUUCUGUGAACUGGCUCAGGUCCUCAAGGUGGCCCGCUCUAACACCCUCCUCAAUAACAUCAUCUUGUAUGUGGCCACGGCACUGCUGGGUGUGUUUCCUGUAGCUGGGAUCCUCUUCUCCUACUCUCAGAUUGUCCCCUCCUUAAUGAGGAUGUCCUCCACCGAGGGCAAGUACAAAGCCUUUUCCACCUGUGGGUCUCACCUCUGUGUGGUCUCCUUGUUCUAUGGAACAGGACUUGGGGUCUAUCUCAGUUCUGCUGUGACCCAUUCUUCCCAGAGCAGCUCCAUGGCCUCAGUGAUGUACACCAUGGUCACCCCCAUGCUGAACCCCUUCAUCUACAGCCUGAGGAACAAGGAUGUGAAGGGGGCCCUGGGGAAACUCCUCAGCAGGGCAGCCUCUUGUCUCUUAUGGGGCACAACCUCAGAACUAAGAGGAUGCUAUAGGUGCCUUAAGCAAAUGUGA